AUGAUCCAUUGUACGGUUCCUAUUGAUGGCAUCGUCGGAGCAUACACAGGCAACAGCUUCGCUGUACAAGCUAUGAUCGCCAGCCUGCUUGGAAUCGCCAUCUACAGCUCGUUAGAGCUGAUAGUGCUCAUAUUUUCAGUCUUCCGCAACUACCGUGGUCUAUACUUCUGGAGUCUACUAGUCUCCACAUCCUUGGGCGUUAUUCCUGAUGCGCUGGGCCUGCUCCUGAAGUACUUUAAGCUCGCGCCGAUCUGGAUCCCUGUUACGCUAUCGACGGCUGGAUGGUGUAUCAUGGUGACAGGCCAGUCGCUUGUUCUUUACUCAAGACUGUAUCUGGUUGCGCUCAAUACGACAGUGCUGCACUGGGCACUAGGGAUGAUUAUUUUCAACGCGAUCGUCUUCCAGAUUCCACAGAUCAUUGCCUCAUAUGGCGCGGUUUAUGACUGCCGUUCUCAUUUUCCGCAUUUUUUUAACAUCUGGGAGAAGGUGCAACUCACUAUUUUCUUUUUGCAGGAGAUCAUCAUAUCUACUUUGUUUAUUGUUCAGACCAUUAGGAUGCUGAGACUCUAUCCCGAGCGCAGUAAGCGCAGGAACAACAUUAUGUACCAGCUACUUGCGAUCAAUACGAUCAUCAUUUUGAUGGAUAUUGCGCUGCUGUCGCUAGAGUUCUCGGGUCAUUUUAUCACGCAGACCGUGUUGAAGUGCUUCUUUUAUACAGUCAAGCUCAAGUUGGAACUUGCCGUUUUAUCUCGCUUGGUCUCGUUUGUUGGGUCUCGGCCGCAGGUUGAGUAG